AUGUCUGAAUAUACAUCGACGCGCGAAGGGUUCCAACGCGCCAUGGAAUGGAGUCUCUCAGGCGAUCCAAACGAAGCCAAGGCUUACGCGGAGGCUCUGUCCACGCCCAAUUUCUACCAGGUCAUGAAUGGGAAGCGCUUUGCGUUCGACACCUACGUUGAGGACAUCGCGCAGUGGCGGGCCAAAGUCAGUGACUAUAAGCCAGUCGUGCAUGAAUUUCUCCGUGACGGCGAUCUCCUAUCAGCUCGCAUGACAGGAACAAUCAAGGUUGAUGGCAUGCCGACACAUUUCGAAUGUUUCAUGUUUGCCAAGGUGGACAGGGAGAGCGGGAAGAUGGAGUACUUGAAUGAACGAUCUGUCUGGGGACCUGCUGGUGAAUCUCCUAUCUAUGGUGUUUAA